AGGUGUGGGGGGGGGAGCCUAAACUGACGCUGACACACAAGCCGGAGCCGAGAAGAGGGGGGGACUAGUGUUUUGUUUCUUUUUUUCUUUAAUUUAUGUCGUUUUAUUCUUUGGCGUUUUGUUGAUGUUUAGCAGUAUUCCAUCGGCAGAGCGGACUUCCCUGGCUUUUCGGCGCUUGCUUUUCUGCCGUUAACUUUCGUGGCGCUGUUCCCUCACGCGGCGCUAUUUUGACAGUCGGGUCGCAGGGAUCCAACUCAGGCUAGCAGCAACAUCACAUUAGCAGCGUGACAACGUGAAGGAUUUUCCACACGGGAGUCAAAGCACACAGCCACCAAAAGGGGCUCCAGACUGUAGGCAAGACCAUGCUGCUGCAGUAAGCCGAAGGCAGAGACGAGAGGCCUUAGACGACCUCUAAAGGUGGUGACUGGCCCGCUGGUGUCCCCCCCACCUCAGUCCGACUGGGGCGCUGCCUCUUCACUUCAUCCGAUUGCUCCUUUACUCCAAGGCCAAGGCUUACUAUGGAAUGCGUGUUACCUGUUGCUGCAGCCCAGCCUAGCACUCUACCUUAGUGGAUUCCCCUCAUCUCUUUGGGUGUGGUUCUUAUCCACACUCACUGUAAAACGUUCAGCAUAGACCUGGUACCACCAACAGCCACUACUGGGUCCUCCACCCAACCCCCUCCCCACUCCCACCCUCUCCCCUCCCCUAAGAAGAUGUCACUGAGCCUGACAACAGACAUCCAGCAGGAGGGAGAGAGUGGGCUACAAAUCGAGCCCUGCAGUCGAGGCAAAACCACGCCUCAACCACAGGGUACCAAGGAUGGGACAGGAGAGGGCCCAGAGCCCGAUGAUAACUCUCCACAGGAUGCACAGCAGAAGCGGGCUACCAACCAUAGCCAUGGCAGGAAAAGGGCAAAGUCUAAUGCCAAAAUGAAAUUAGUACGGAGUCUGGCAGUAUGUGAGGAGUCCUCUGGUCCCUUCCCCAAUGAUGGACCCCCAGAAUCGGAAAUCAUCCAGCUUCACAUCAGCUGUCCAUCAGACAAAGAAGAGGAAAAGUCUUCAAAGGAUGAAUAUGAAAAUGAAGAAAAGGAGAAGAAGGACAAGACUCCUCGAAAGAUGCUGUCCCGUGAUUCCAGUCAGGAAUACACCGACUCCACAGGCAUCGACGUUCAUGAGUUUUUGGUCAACACACUGAAAAAUAAUCCCAGGGAUCGGAUGAUGCUGCUUAAACUAGAACAAGAUAUCCUGGAGUUCAUUAAUGACAACAACAACCAGUACAAGAAAUUUCCUCAGAUGACUUCGUAUCAUCGAAUGCUGUUGCAUCGUGUGGCCGCCUACUUCGGCAUGGACCACAACGUUGAUCAGACGGGAAAGGCCGUCAUCAUCAAUAAGACUGGAAACACGCGCAUCCCAGAACAACGGUUUUCUGAGCACAUCAAGGAUGAACGCAACGUGGACUUUCAGAAGAAGUUCAUCCUUAAAAGAGAUGAUGCCAGCAUGGACAAAGACGAUAAUCAGAUCCGUGUGCCACUGCAGGACGGGAGGCGAAGCAAAUCUAUUGAAGAGCGAGAAGAAGAAUAUCAGCGGGUACGAGACAGGAUCUUUGCCCGAGAAGUGUCCUUUUUUUUGCAGUCGUCUCAGAAUGGAUACAUCAAUGAUAACAGAUUUUCCACUGAGGGCUACUGCUCUAGCUCUCAAAAGAGGAGGCAGAUCUUUAGAGGGAACCGUGAGAGCUCGAGCCGGGCAUCGAGCAGUCGUCAAAGCAGCACAGACAGUGAUAUGAAGUGCCUGGACCCACGGCCCUGGAGCAGUACCGACUCGGACAGUUCUAACCGCACCCUUCGGCCACCCGUGACCAAGGCCAGCAGCUUCUCUGGCAUCUCCAUCCUCACCAGGGGGGACAGCCUUGGCAGCAACAAAGGAUCACAGGGAAGCUGCAAAGGCUCUCGCUCUGAUGUGGUGUUUUUAUCUCCCUGUUCCUUCCUAGGCUUGCCCUUAGUGAGUCCUGAUGUUUGUCCUCCACCCUCAGUGUCCCAGUCCAGCCGUAGCCUCCUACCCUGCCCAUCUCAACCUCCACAGCAGCCGCAGGUCCAGGGCCCGCCUCAGACUGCCCUGCUGCCCACCCCACAGCAGCACCCUAUGGGGAACCACAUGAUGGCUCAGCCGGUGGCGUCUCUGCAGCCCUCUCAGCCUGUCUCCUACUCCAGCCCUUCCUGCCCCCAGGUUCUCCUGCCAGUUUCUCCUCCCCAGCAGUACACAAUGGGAGAUGAGCUACCGCCGCAGUUCACCCAGAUGACUCUGAGUCGGCAGGGCUCCAGUGAGAACCCUGAGCCCCCCCCUAUGUAUCAGCCCCCGCCCACUGUGCUGUCGCAGCAUCCCCCACCUCAGCCUGGCUACAUCAUGACGACAGGUCAGCCUUUGCCUCCUCCAUCUGGCUACCAGCCUCCUACUGGACACCCUCAUCCUCCGCCUCCACCGCCACCCCCCUCCCAGCCUGUCAUACAGGCUGCACCCCCUCCGCAAGGCUACAUCCAGCCCCCUCCACCUCAACAGAUCCAGGUGUCGUACUACCCACCUGGUCAGUACCCCAGUUCAGGCCAGCAGUACCGUGUGUCCCAACCUAUAUCCCACCAGGUGUCUUACCAAGCCCAACGCACACAACCCAUGCCUCCGCCCAAUCAGCAGUCAGGUCUCCAGACCAUGAUGCCUAGCCAGCAGCCAAGCUAUCAGAACAUGAUGGGGGUGCAGCAGCCUCCAAAUCCUGGUCUGCUCAAUUCCCAAAGGACGGGUAUCGGAGGCCAAAUGCAAAGCAUAAUGGUUCAAUACCCACAGAUGCCAUCAUAUCAGGUACCAGUGGCAAAUGAAAAUCAGCAGGUGGUGCAGCAACAGUAUCAGCAGCAGGUCAUGGUGCCAGUCAGCCAGUCUGUCCAGGGGCCCAUGCCCGUCUACUACAGUGUUAUCACACCCACACAGCAAAAUAGCACAAGCUGCAGCCCAUCAGUAGGUUACCUGCAGCCUCCCAGCUCAGAGCAGUUUCAGAUCACACAGUCACCGUCUCCCUGCAACCCUCAACCAUUGCAACAGCAAUAUUCAGGAGUGGCUCCUCCGGGGCCCGGGGUGAUGGUCAUGCAGCUCAGCGUCCCCAAUGGACCGCAGCCUUCCCAGAACCCUCCUCUGGUUCAGUGGAACCCGUGCAAGUACUACAGCAUAGAGCAGAGGCCCAGCAAGCCAGGAGACCUCUACAAACCUGACAACACUCCACAGGCCAGCACUCAGCUGACGAGUCCCCUCGCCUCUCCCACUCAGUCUCCCACCCCGUCUCCCUCUGGCAGCGUCAACAAUGUAUGUCCAGGCCUCGGCCCACUGCCCCUCAUCUCCCAGUUUCAGCGGCCAGGAGGACCAGCCCAAGGUGAUGGUCGAUACUCUUUGUUGGGCCAGCCCCUCCAGUACAGCCUGUGUCCUCCUCCGCUCAUGCAUGGCCAGCCCUCCUAUAACUCCCACCAGGGCCAAGGAGUGAUCAAACAUGGAGCGCGGGGAAAGAAGCAAACGCUCAAAUCUGCAUCAACAGAUCUGGGCACCACGGAUGUUGUCGUGAGUCGAGUACUGGAGGUAACCGACCUGCCGGAGGGGAUUUCCCGUCCGGAGGCUGAAAAGCUUUUCAACCAGCUGUCGAUGUGCGGCGCUAAGAUCCAGUGGCUGAAGGAGCCCCAGGGAGGCCGAGGAGUAGCCGGAGGCUGUGGCCCCUGCGCCGGAGCCAGCGGCAUGUCUGGGGUCGGCAUGGGAGCCGGCGGAGGGAAGGGAGAUGGCCACGAUCCAGCGCACCUCUACACAGUAGUGGCAGUGUUCCCCACCACCAUGGCUGCCCAGAGUGCUUCCUUCAAACUCAACAACAGCGGAGCCAGCCUCUUCAAACUUAGGGCCGCCAAAAAGAACUAUGACCUGCGCGUGCUGGAGAGAGCCAGCUCUCAGUGAGAGAGGAGAGGCGGCGGGGAGGAAACGCCCAGAGAGACACAGAGACCUUUGGUGGGAAAGCAAGGACAACUGAGGGGGACUGCUGUUAGUGUACAAUUUAAAAUGGGGAGAAAAAAACAAAACAAACAAAAAAAAAACACAACUUGGAGUUAAAUGAUGUGUCAAAUGUAUAAAAGGGAAGAAGGUGUGAAUCAUGAGGUGGCUGGUGUUUGGUUGCAAAUCAGAUUUUCGUUGUUUGUUUUUAUUCAUUGGUUUUUGUUUUGUAUUUAUAAAGCAGAAGAGCACACAAGACACGCGAGCAUGUGUUUCACUGUUGCUGUGGGACGUGUUACCGCCAUGAAAACGAGAACACUCGCGACGCCACACAGACGCACAGAGGUGCAGGCAACAGGGUCACGUAGCACACAACAAACACACACUGAACAGUCGAUCUCAGUCAAACCUCUUCCUCCUCAACCCCCUCCCUCCACCACCCCCCCCCUCCUCUGUUUUCUGCUGCCGCUUUCUCCCCCUUCCUCUGCUCUCCGCGGCCCGGUUGUCUCUGAAUCUCGCAUAUUUAUAAAUUCUCAUCCGCACAGAUGCGCGCUCUUUCCGCUCUCCCCGGCCGCCAUCUCUCUGACCUCCUCCUAGCUUUCUCUGCUCACCUCUUCCUCUCAUGUAGCGUCACUGCGCUCUCCUCUCUUGCUUUCUGUUUGCCUUACUGCUGUUGUGGGUUUCUGUAUUGCGCUGUUUUUUUUUUUUUUUUUCUCAGAAGUUUUCCUUUUUUGAGGGUUCAAUAUAUUUAUAUAAUUGAUGUAAGGAAUUAAAGAAAUCUAUAUAUUCAGUGAUUUUUCUUUCGUUCCCGAGUGACGAAGUUUAGGCCUUCCUUUCUCCUUUACUGCUUCCUUUUCAUCCCUGCUCCUCUUCGCUGCCCUCUACCUCACUUCUUCACUCCUCUUCCUCUCUCCCGACAACUCCCCCCCCCCAUCUCCCCCAUACCCCCCCAUACCCCCCCCCCACCCCCCUGAUCUCCAGCCCGACGUCCCCAUUGUGUUUGCGUUUUUCGUUGACAGCCGUGCAGAACGUAUCAGAAGAAGUAGUUAAAGUGCACAAUGAUUGCAUAUGUCUACUGUAAAUUUUAUUUAAUCUGUUAUUUUUGUUUGUUUUUAAAAAUAUAAAAGUUGAAAAAUCUAUAAAAACA